CUUACGCUGAGCUGUGUUGACGUCACGCGUUCACGCUGGAUCAGUUUCAGAGCUUGUGACGGUGCUGCAUUAACACAGUUGUAAAUGAAGCAGAAAGAGAAAAAAGUGGGCGUUUGAGUGGACUGAAGCAUGGAUUAUGAGCGCAGGGGUCGUGGUGACCGAAUGGGUCGCUAUGGGAAAGCGUCGGAUGAUCACGACUACAGAGACAUGGACUAUCGCGGAUAUGGACAGGAAAAUGGCUUGGGGUUAACUGGCAGCUUAGCAAAUACAAGGCAGCAUGAGCGGGAGGGCAGUUCUGAUGGCCCAAAAGACUUCGCCUCAGGUAACUUCUCAAAUAAUCGACCCGGAUUCAGACAAAAGGACGAUCGUGCAUCCGAAAGUCCCCCGAAUCAGAACAUCCACUCAAGAUUUCAGCAUGAUGGAAAGGAUUAUGAGUUUGGAGCAGAAUCUGAGGCACGCAGGAGAGACGCGCAGUUAACAAGAUCGAGAAUGAAGGACCAACAAACACCAGAAGAAGAGGAAGAAACUGAGGACAACGUUUGGGGCAGAUUAAGAGGACGGCAAAACUCUCAGGGAGAAUACAAUGCAGAAUGGAGAGCCGAGGGAGACAAAUUAAACCGAAAUCUCAGGCACAAACAACGUUUUCCUGACCAGGUCCAAUCAACUAAGAGCAAAAUGAAGGAUGUAAGUUUUGACCCUGAGGAGGCAGAAGCCCACGAUCAGGACUACAGAUCUGAAGCAGAUGCGCUCCAGAAACCCAGCAACAUUGUGAUGCUGAGAAUGCUUCCUCUGAACGCGACGGUGAACGAGAUUCGUGCUCGGCUGCAGGAGCAGGGCAUCCAGCCUAGAGAAGUUCGCCUGAUGAGGAACAAAUCUUCAGGUCAGAGCAGAGGAUUCGCCUUCGUCGAGUUUAAUCACUUGCAGGAGGCCAGCCGCUGGAUGGAGACCAACCAGAAAGUGCUCACUAUACUGGGACAGCGAGUUUCUAUGCACUACAGUGACCCAAAGCCACGCGCUAAUGAAGACUGGCUCUGCAAUAAAUGUGGAGUGCAGAACUUCAAACGAAGAGAAAAGUGCUUCAAAUGCGGAGUUCCAAAGUCAGAGGCGGAGCUGAAACUGCCUCUGGUGCCAAAGAUUUUACCUCUGUGUCAGCUGAAGGACUCAACUCAGGGUUUACUGCCUCUUCCAGCCAUAUUCCAAACGGCCACGCCCAUCCUCAACUUAAGCCCCUCCCCCCAGCCCUCUGAGGCGGCCAAUGACACGCUCAUACUGAGGAAUCUGGGACCCCAUACCACACUCGAGGCCAUUUUAUCGGCUCUGGCUCCGUUUGCAACCCUCUCGCCAUCAAACGUUCGACUCAUUAAAGACAAACAGACGCAGCUCAACCGAGGCUUCGCUUUCCUGCAGCUCACGACUAUCGUGGAGGCUUCACAGCUGCUGCAGAUCCUCCAGGCCCUGCAGCCGCCGCUGUCUAUCGAUGGAAAGCUCAUCUCUGUGGAGUUCGCCAAGGGCUCCAAACGUGAUGUGUUUCUGACAGAUGGCAGUCGUGUGAGUGUGGCCACAGUAGCGAGUACAGCUAUAGCAGCAGCUCAGUGGGCGGUUUCUCAGACGGCGGGUGGAGCUCAGAGUGGUGAUUUAAGUGUUCUCCAGCAGGGGGCGGCAACAUUCAGCCAAGAUGGCUCUCAGAGCGGCAAUGCAGAAACACAAGCUUUUAAAGGGCCAGUGACUGCAUUACUGACUGCUGCUGAUGGAGCAGCAGGAGAGACUACUGCUGCCUCCAUACUGACGCUUACAGCUUCCCAAAUCCAGCUUGUCUCCUCUGCACCCUCUACACUGGACCGUCAGGCCCCCGUGGAGAUCAUUGGGAAGCCUCAGCCUGCAGCUUGUAUCCAGCCAGCCACACCUGGAACCGCUCUGGAGUGCCAGCAGUACCCGGAUCCUGACGUGUCCACAUACCAGUAUGACGAGAGCUCUGGUUAUUACUACGACCCUUUUACCGGCCUUUACUAUGACCCAAAUUCACAGUACUACUUUAAUCCCCAUACGCAGCAGUACAUGUAUUGGGAUGGGGAAAAGCGCACGUAUGUUCCUGCCUCAUCACAGUCUGAGGAUUCUGCAGGCAAUGAGCUUUCAGGAGCUCCAAACAGCAGCAAAGACAAGAAGGACAAGCCCAAGAACAAGAGCGCACAGCAGAUAGCCAAAGACAUGGAGCGCUGGGCCAAGAGUCUGAACCGGCAGAAGGAGAACGGGCGCUCGUCCUCCAUCGUAAACACAAACCCUCGACUGAUGACCCACAGCAGAACUGAUGACCGGCGGGAAUCUGCCAGUGCAGACGCAGGCUACGCCGUCCUGGAGAUGAAGGGCGCGUUGUUGGAGAGACCACAGAUCCUGAUGGAGCAGAUCAAACAUCCUGAAGACAGAGAAAGUCCCCCACAGGCUCAGACUGUGCUGACAGGCUGCAGUAUAGAGACGGACAGUGAGGACGAGUGCUCAGAGAAGCAGGAGCGUCUGACAGACUGGUGUAAACUGGCCUGUCUGCUGUGCCGGAGACAGUUCCCCAGUAAAGAGGCUCUGAUCCGACACCAGCAGCUGUCUGAGCUGCACAGACAAAACCUGGAGCAGAGGAGAUCCAGACCGUCAGCGUCAAACACACAAGAGGGAUCAGAAACUGAGCUGAAAUACAGGGAUCGAGCAGCAGAGAGGAGAGAGAAAGGGAUCGUCCCACAACAACCAGAUGCAAAAAAGAGGAGGAUCAGCCCUGUCAGCGCCGCUGGAUUUCAGAUGCUUCCCGGAAGGACCGAAAAAGGCUUUUUCAUCCGUAACGUCCCGGUGGAAUAAUGGAGAUCAUCAUCAUAUCUGGACCGUCUUCACUAACAAAUCAAGCAGAUUUACUAAUAUGGUGCAAAACAGCAACAAUACAGCAGAGAGACCCUCAUCAGGACAUUUACACAUAUUCAGUUAUAUAUAUAUAUAU